AUGUGGUGCUUCAAUCGACGUACCAGAACAAUAUCAUUCGGAGUAGCAGCAUCACCGGAAGGCGGUGAUCCCCCCAGACAGGGACCUUCCGAACUAUGCACAAUCUGUCAAUCACCUGCCGAUCGAGAAAGAUACCGUUGCAACCGCUGUGAAGACGUGAGCUACUGUAGCUCAGAAUGUCUCGAAACGGACGAAGGUGUUCAUGCUCUGGCGUGCGAGACCUUCGAAGCCUACCCGCCUCCGCUUCUCCCAGAACAACAGAAGCAUGGAAUAGCCAUGGUCCGUUGCCUCAUCUUCGAGGCGAAUGCUGACAGGCCGAAGUUUGUUUGGGUCAGCGUCAAGGCUGAAAACCCGGUCGGCAUGCAAGAAUAUCUGGGCACCUGUCUCUGCGAGAUCAAGAUCGACAGUCUUUGUAAGGACAGCCGGCGGAAUGCGGAAUGUGCAGACUGUGGUUGGAGGUUGAGUUUCAACGCACACGAGGGCAUGGCGGACAUCAAGAUCGGGAAGCGCAUCGAGGACGUUGAAAUCGACGUGGAGAGGUAUCCGUGGAAAGGGAGCGUCGCUUUCAUGAUUUAUAGAAAGUCUGCGCAGAAGAAUAUUCCGCACUUUCGAGAUGUUAACUUAACUGACUUUCGGGACAUUGUGGACUUCCUUUCGGUCCAAGAAUAUGAUGGGCAGUACGAUGAACUCUCGUCCCUGCGGGCGCGGCGGGCGAGAAAGUUCAACAUCGUGCACAUGUACACGGAACAAGGAGUGAGGAAGAUGUUCCGUGCGAGACAACACAUUGUGCCUCAGGAUCAUCCAUUAAUUCGCGAUCAGGGAGCCAGCAAUAACUGGGGCACACUACUCCAGUUUUCUCCGCACAUUGGGAUUCCACUGUAUGCGGUUCGGCUGAACAAUUACCUGCGCUCGCAACCGAUUCACCAAGACCCAGGAUCAUCAGAAUUUCCUUGGGAACCACUUGUACUUCGAAGCCUCCUCGACCCCCGCGACAAUGACCUUCCUUUGGCUUCUAACAGUCCCAACAACGCCCAGAACAGUGCCAUUACUUCGGCUUCUAAUAGUCGCAUCAUCUCCCUCCUGCAGGGCAUUGGCAUUUCUUCGUCAGCUUCGGCUGAGAGAGAGUUGUGGAAAGCAGGCUACGAAAAUGACAAUCAUCUAUCUGUGGUGCUGGUCCGGGGUGAUCGGAAGGACUUGAGAUCCGUGGACAUUGAGGUAUUGGCAAAAUGGAUGUUGAAUUGUGUUAUUCCAAGCAUGGGACACGAUCAUUCAAGGAGCUGGACUGAUGGAAGAUAUGCACAGUUCUUUACCAAGCAGGAGUACGAUUGGCACUGGCACAAGUUAGAGAGUGUAGCGCUCGGACUUUCGUCUGUCCUCCCUUGUGGGACGGUAGUCGCAGGGCAUGAUCGUCUCCCAUGCCCAUACAAUCUUUGA